GGGCGGGUCAAAGGAGGCGCGGUCUCUCGAGCUCAUGGUGGGGCUGUUGCUCGCGCCCGGCUGGAUAAUGCGGCUUCCGGGCCGCCAAGUUUGGCGUCUCUUGCCUCGCAGAUUCGGGGUUUGGGGCCCAAGGAAGGAGACUGCUAGCGUCUUGCUAGGGCGGCUCUGCGCGAGGCCAGAGGAGGCAUGGCGGGCCUCGGGGCUCGCUGCCUGCUGCCUGGGGAGCCGCCCCCUCAGCACUGCAAUGCCGCCCCCGCCCGGGUCGUCAGGACCGGAGCGGAAGGGCAGCGGAGACCCCAUGCGCCCCUCGAAGCCCGGGCCUGUUUCCUGGAAGUCUUUAGCCGUCACAUUUGCUAUUGGAGGAGCUUUAUUGGCUGGAAUGAAGUACUUCAAGAAAGAAAAGACGGAGAAACUGGAGAAGGAACGGCAGCGGAGCAUUGGAAAGCCUUUACUUGGGGGCCCAUUUUCCCUCACAACUCAUACUGGCGAGCCCAAAACUGAUAAGGACUACCUGGGUCAAUGGGUAUUGAUUUAUUUUGGUUUUACUCAUUGUCCUGAUAUCUGUCCAGAAGAACUAGAAAAAAUGAUUCAAGUCGUGGAUGAAAUAGACAGUAUUCCAACUCUGCCAAAUUUAACUCCACUUUUCAUCACUAUUGACCCAGAGAGGGACACAAAAGAAGCCAUCGCCAAUUAUGUAAAAGAAUUUUCUCCCAAACUGAUUGGCUUGACUGGCACAAAAGAAGAGAUCGAUCAAGUGGCCAGAGCAUUCAGAGUGUACUACAGCCCUGGCCCCAAGGACGAAGAUGAGGACUACAUAGUGGAUCAUACAAUCAUAAUGUACUUGAUUGGACCAGAUGGUGAAUUUCUAGAUUAUUUUGGCCAGAACAAGAAGAAUGCAGAAAUAGCUGGUUCAAUUGCUGCACACAUGAGGACACACAGGAAAAAGAGCUAAUAACUAACACACCAUGGCCAUGCUGUAUUCUCCUGCCAAAGAGGAAGGACUUUAUCUCCCGUAGGAGCCAAUACAUACAUGUACAUACUGCAGCCUGCAGAAAGGCCUUCAUACCAGGAGAAAAUCUAAAUUUUAGACAGGGCAUAUUACGCUUGGGUUCAUCAAGGAUGAAUUCUUGGAACUGUAUAGAUUACAACUCAAAGUCUCCCAAAUUGUGGCCUUGAGACCAGAGAACCCAGUUGUCUUGAAACCAAUGGAAUGGACCUCAAGGAAGGAUACAGCUGGAAAAGACACAUCCAAGGCAUCUCCCCACAUGAGUGGGGCCCUCUGGUCACGUGGCUGCCUCUCCAGAGUCUUGAGGCCUUGCUCAGACAGGUUGCACUGAAUUUCCAGGAGGAGUGUCGCUUGCUUUCCUCUUUGAGGUGGCUGAUGCAAUCAGACCAGGCUCUCUGACAUUCAUAAUUGAUCUCUAUGCUUGAAAGCAUUAGUACAGUCUCCCUUGUGAGCGAGAAUCAUUGUCAUUGUUUGCGGUGUGAUCCCCUGUCGGCGGGUGCUGAUUUUACUCAGAGCGAGGGAAUCUGUUGUUGGGGACAAACUAUUAGAUCGGGUUCCCCAGGGGUCUUUCUUGUGAUUUUUAGCAGUAUGAUGUGUGGGGCUUCCAGGGACCUCCCGGAGGGUGUGAGGAUGUGGACCAUGAGUGUGUACAAAGUACCUGCCUGCCUGUGCUAGACUACACUUUCUGAGAUAAAGGUGUGCUCAGCUUUGCAGCUUGGACAAGCAUGGCCUUUCUCAUGGGUGCAGAGAUGACAGCUUACAGCUCUUGGGGCUGGUAGGUAGGUGCUUGUUAAAGUGCAGGCGCCCGGGCCCAGGGCUGGGUUCACACCUGCCUCCCAGGUUCCUCUGAUGCAGUGGCUGGGGACUGGGGCUUCAAGAGGCUGUUUUAGGGGUCAGGGGUAUGUGGGGAAGGCAGGUUUGGAUCUGGGUGAGGCCUCUGCUCAUCUGGCGUGUCCAUCCACAAAGUGCUGGAGUCACAGCCAUUAAGGGAGACGCUGGCUUUUGUUUCAGAAUUUAACUUCCCUGGAGUCUGGACUUGACUGUCUUGUCACUGUUCUCCACCUGAAGCUGCUGCAGAGCCUUUGCCAGCCUCCACACACUCUGACAGGUGUGGUGCCUUAUCAGACAUGGACUUUCCCUUCACAUCAGUUCUGUGCAUGUGACAUGGCUCUAUCUUUUGGUUCUUAAAUCCUCUUCUCAAUACUUAAGUUAAACCUACUACAGAUAUUUACAUGAAGGGGUGUGAAGAAAGUCAAACUCUGGAGCUGUUCUGGGCUGAAAUGUAUCCCCUGGAUUCGUAUAUUCGUUGAAGUUCUAACCCCAGUGCCUCAGAAUGAGACUGUAAGGAGACAGGGUCUCUCAGAAGUUAAAAUGAGGCCUUUCAGGUGGGCCCUCAUCAAACAUUCCUGUUGUUAUUACAAGAAGAGAUUGGGACACAAGCCGAGAGAAGACCACAUGAAGACACGGAGAGAGGCCUUCAGAAAUAAGCCCUGCCCAUCCCUUGAUCAGGGGCUUCUGGCCGCCAGAGCUAUGAGACAGCGUCUGUUCAAGAGCUGGGGCAGUCAUGCUUUGUGACGGCACCUAGUGGGCUGCCACAGUGCCAUUCUCCCUUUGGCUCCUCAUACAAAACUACCCAGAUUUAGUUUAUAUAAACCUAACCGCAGGCAGAAGUCAAUUGGUUUGGGAUGACUUUCCUAGGAACCUUGUCAAGAAGGUGAGAAACUUAAAAGAACCUGGUCUCCUGCAUUGCAGGCAGAUUCUUUACACUUUGAACCACAGUGGAAGCCCCAGUAAAAGCCUAGUCUCACAUAACAAAGAUCUUAAGUAUCUGAAAUGCCAAACAUUUAAAAAGAUGGUCUGUUUUAAGCCACAGAACAUUUGUGCAGAUCGCUUUGCAGAAGCUUAUGCCGGAGAAAAUUCAAUCUUCAUUCUCAGCUGUUGUAGGUUAGAGCUUGUGUCAUGAUCCAGAAAAGGAACAGAAGCUUUUGAAAAAGGCCGUUUAUUUGCUCUUCAUUCCAGUGUCAAGUUUAAAGGCUUAGAAGUUGGACAGAGGACCUCAGAGAUGACGUCCAAAUGUCUCUAUGCAGGAGGGGACACUCCCAGAGAUGAAGUGCUGGCCUCACUCCUGAAUCUGCAUUAGAAGUUAGGUCCCAGUUUGUGGUCAGGUCCCUGCCUGUCCCAGGGCUGUGGGGUGCCUUUGAAAGUGAAAGCUGCUCAGUUGUGUCCAACUCUUUACAGGCCCAUGGACUAUACAGUCCAUGGAAUUCUCCAGGCCAGAAUACUGGAGUGGGUAGCCUUUUCCUUCUCUAGGGGAUCUUCCCAACCCAGGGAUCGAUCCCAGUUCUCCUGCAUUGCAGGCAGAUUCUUUACCAGCUGAGCCACAAGGGAAGCACGGGGUGCUCAUGGGGGCCAGACAAAAGCUGAUGCAGGGAGAGGGUACACUGCCCAUGGGGCACCCAUUCAUUGUAAGCCUCAGGAAAUUAAAGUCAAGGCUGUCUCAAUAAAGUACCACUUGGCAAACCUUGACCUGGGUGGGUUGUGUUUUUGCUGGACUUCAGUGGAAUUACUGUUUUAAGAAAUGGGAUUUAUUUGAAAAUUAUAAGAAUCCUGUCCAUGCAGCAGGCCUAAAAGUACUGUGUGCACCUGGCUAUCAGUGAGAUAGCUGAUACGUCAGGUGUAAAAGCUGAGACUCGCUGAAUACCAGUAAAAACGCUGUGGGGAUUGACAGCUAAUGUGAACCCAUUAAAUGGUUUGAAUUUGUGAAUAUCUGCAUAAGAGAUUAUAAAAUAUCUUAUGUUUUUAAAUAUAAGGUUAAAAGAAAUUAAAAUUUUCAGAUCACCA